ACUAUGCCCAGAGCCUUCUUGGUGAAGCGCCGGAGCCCGCAGCCGGCAGUGCGCAGCUGGGAUGGGCUGCCCGACGAGGAGAGAGCCGACACCUACAUCCCAGGGGGGAUCGGCUGCGUGAUGCUGGGCUAUGAGGACAGCUGCAGCCUGGAGAGCAGCGGGAGCAGCGGGACCCGGGAUGCUGAGCCCAGCGACCCCCCGACGCCCCAGCCUGCCUGCGGCGACCUGGGCAUGGCCGGAGGGAUGCUGUUGGACCUGGCCGUCAAGCGCCCCGUGGUCAGGUCGAAAAUCAAGUUUACCACUGGCACCUGUAAUGAUGCUGCACUGCAUAGCUGCGAGCUGUGUGGCAAAGGCUUUCGCUUGCAGCGAAUGCUCAACCGUCACAUCAAGUGCCACAGCCAAGUGAAGAGACACUUGUGCACCUUCUGUGGAAAAGGCUUCAAUGACACCUUUGAUCUGAAAAGACAUGUCCGGACCCAUACUGGAAUUCGUCCUUACAAAUGUGAGGUUUGCAACAAAGCCUUCACCCAGCGCUGUUCCCUGGAGUCCCACCUCAAGAAGAUUCACGGUGUGCAGCAGCAAUAUGCCUACAAACAGAGGCGAGAUAAACUUUACGUGUGCGAAGACUGCGGCUACACAGGCCCCACGCAAGAGGACCUAUACCUGCACGUUAGUAAUGUUCAUCCUGGAAGUGCUUUCCUGAAAAAAACCUCAAAAAAACUUGCAGCAGUUUUGCAAAACAAACUGAGUCCUGUCCUGCAGAGGAACUCCAAGGAUGAUGACAAAGAUGAGUAAUGCAGUGGAUUACAGUGGUCUACAGGAAUGAAGUUUACAUGUAGGAUGAGAUAUAUAUAUAUUAUUUUUUUAAAAACAAUUUUGAAAAAAGUACCUG